AGUAUAAAACCACCCCGCCGGCUGCAGCUCUCAUCUGCAGCCCUGGCAUUUGCCCGAGGAGACCAGGCGCCUGGAGCCCCCACCGUCUUCCCAAGGAGGCUCUGUGGCUCUCUUGAGAAUCAUGCUCCGGAGACAGCUCGUCCGUUGGCACCUGUUGGCUUUGCUUUUCCUCCCUUUUUGCCUGUGUCAAGAUGAAUACAUGGAGGUGAGCGGAAGAGCUAAUAAAGUGGUGGCGAGGAUAGUGCAGAGCCACCAGCAGACUGGCCGUAGCGGCUCCAGGAGGGAGAGAGUGAGAGAGCGGAGCCAUCCUAAAACUGGGACUGUGGAUAAUAACACUUCUACAGACCUAAAACCCCUGAGACCAGAUGAGCUACCACACCCCGAGGUAGAUGACCUAGCCCAGAUCACCCGGUUCUGGGGCCAGCCUCCACAAACUGGAGGACUGCCCCCAGACUGCAGCAAGUGUUGUCAUGGAGACUAUGGCUUCCGUGGCUACCAAGGACCCCCUGGGCCCCCAGGCCCUCCAGGCAUUCCAGGAAACCAUGGAAACAAUGGAAAUAAUGGAGCCACUGGCCAUGAAGGUGCCAAAGGUGAGAAAGGAGACAAAGGUGACCUGGGACCUCGAGGGGAGCGAGGACAGCAUGGCCCCAAAGGAGAGAAGGGCUAUCCUGGGGUUCCACCAGAACUGCAGAUUGCAUUCAUGGCUUCUCUGGCCACUCACUUCAGCAAUCAGAACAGUGGAAUUAUCUUCAGCAGUGUUGAGACCAACAUUGGAAACUUCUUUGAUGUCAUGACCGGUAGAUUUGGGGCCCCUGUAUCAGGUGUGUAUUUCUUCACCUUCAGCAUGAUGAAGCAUGAGGACGUUGAGGAAGUGUAUGUGUACCUUAUGCACAAUGGCAAUACCGUCUUCAGCAUGUAUAGCUAUGAAACAAAGGGGAAAUCAGAUACAUCCAGCAACCAUGCUGUGCUGAAGCUGGCCAAAGGGGAUGAGGUUUGGCUGAGAAUGGGCAACGGUGCCCUUCACGGGGACCACCAGCGUUUCUCCACCUUUGCAGGCUUCCUGCUGUUUGAAACUAAGUAAACAGAUGAAUAGAACAGCUUUACCUUGAGAAAGAUUUAUAACUGAGCUGGAAUUGUUAUGGGUAUAACAAACAUUAAAGUUUAGGGUUCUACAUGCUGUUUUUUUUUUUUUAAAAAAAUGUAUUGGUUACACAGCUACACCACAAUACUGGAUGACUCAGGACCCAGAAGAAUACACCACAAAGUAGUCUUCUCAGAUGACCCUGGUGAAUAUAUUCAGCACUUUUAUCACUCUUCCCUAGGCAAUUAAGAGGGAAUUGUUCAUGUUGCAGGUUGUCUCCAUCAGAGGAAUCAUUUACAAAGAGUUUUGGUGCUCUGUUUUUAGUAGUAGUUUUCAAGAAUCCCUGAAAUUUCCAGUUCAUUAUUCAUUGACAAUGAUCAUGAUGUGGUUGGGGCAAGAAUAGGAACACUUGAGGACCUAGGUACUAGAAACAUUUGUGGGUCCAGUGGGUCAAUAUUAAUGAAUAAAGCAUAGUUUUUUUUUAUUAUUUCCAGAUAGAUUUUAGAUAAUAAAUAUACAAACAGAUUGUAAAUAUAUGUUGCCCAAAAAUAAUUGGUUCCUUCUGUUUUAUAAAGUUACAUUUGUAAUUAAACUCUGAUUUCUAAUAAUUUAAACCUAGAAAUGGAAUUUUCUCUUGAUAUGAAAUUGGGUUUAUCAGAUUUGGCCUAUCAGAUUGACUCUUGCUAUUGCAAUUUUUGGAUUGCAAUAGAUCUUUGCUGAAAAGUCAGCAAAGACGAGCUUAGGUCAAUAUAGGGCAGAUGUUAGUUUAUGCCUUCUUCUUAAUUUGGAAAUUACCCAAUAUAUUUAUACUUUACACAUAAUAUGUUAAGUUGAAAGAACUAUAAAUUUUGUUAUAUACUGUCAAACUAAUACACACAAAAUAUAAAGUUAUUUCAUUUCAUUUGAGUUAUGCAAUAAAAUAUCCUAACCAUUUAUUCAACAAAAAUGAUAUGACUUUCUUGAUUAUAACAUUGAAUCAAUGUUCACAGAACAGUCUGAUGUACUAGAGAUUACAGGAGGUACUACUUGGGUUUUGCCUAACUCUCUCUACUCCAAAGUCUAUUCUCAAAGGAUUAGAUUUGUCACCAAAACAACAUUUAUAAGAAUAUGCUGUAAGUUAUGAAGAUGAUAUCCAUAGAUAGCACUCCAAAUUUUUUUAUUUUAGAUGAAAUAUCAUUGAAAUAUGUGUUUAGCCUAAUGUUGGAUCAUAUCUAAAGUGCCUGGUGAAAUUCCAUUUUGAAAAAUAGUAUAUCAUGAAUUAAGCUUGAUGUGGUACCACCUUAAUAUAUUUUCUAUUACAAUUUGAAUUUACACAAAGGCUUUUAAACUAUGGGUUUCCUGUAUUGAUUACCCUAUAGCCAGAGGCAGAGUAUUGAGUGAGCCUGCCCUAUUAGUGAACUCGGUGUUAUCCAUACUCAGUUUAGCCUUUGACCCUAUCCUUUUGAUGCAUAAAUGUGUUUAAAUUCUUCCCAAAUCCACAUGUAUUGCUCUUUUAAAGCUAUAUUAUUAUCUAUAAUGUGCAUAAUGUUUUUGUUGUUUUAUAAAUAUGUUUUUCCCCACAGGGCUUUAGGACCAUGAAGUUGAGUCUUCCUAUGAGCAACUGUCAUAAAUAUUUCAUAAAGGUGCAUUGCCAAUAGGUAUCUGAAGGUUGCAUGUUGACCAAAGAGAUUUCAUAUUUGAACAGUAUAUACUACCUAUGAAAUGCCUUACAGGAAGAUUUUGACCUGGCUUGAAAUAUAGAAAAAUAUAAUAGGCAUAUGUGAAAAUAAACAAACCUUUGUUGUAUGUAUUGAUUUUUUAAUAUUUUUAAUGAAGUGUUAUAGUCAUCCAAUUGUAAGUAAGGUAGUUAACACAAAGCAAAGAGAUAUAUACGAAAAUAUCUUAAACUUUGAUUCAAUAAAACAUGAUGUGACUUCCUCA